CCUGUUCGCCUGGAGGUUUGGUUAAGGAGGCGUCUGAUAGCAACGAGUGUUUCCUGAAGCACCUUAAAUGUCGAGGAAAGCACACCAAAAAGAUUUCUAAAGCAUCAGUGAUGAAGAAAGCAGAUAUGAUCAAUAAAAACAUGGUUCACCAGGUCCAGGCAGAGAGGGAUGCACUGGCUCUCAGUAAAAGCCCUUUCAUCGUGCACUUAUACUACUCACUUCAGUCAGCUAAUAAUGUCUAUUUGGUGAUGGAAUACCUUAUUGGUGGAGAUGUCAAGUCUCUUCUCCAUAUUUAUGGAUAUUUUGAUGAAGAAAUGGCUGUAAAGUAUAUUUCUGAAGCAGCGCUAGCUCUUGACUAUCUUCACAGGCAUGGGAUAAUCCACAGGGAUCUGAAGCCAGACAAUAUGCUCAUUUCUAAUCAAGGUCACAUAAAGUUGACAGAUUUUGGGCUUUCCAGAGUUACUCUGAACAGAGAGAUAAAUAUGAUAGAUAUCCUCACUACACCAUCAAUGGCAAAGCCAAAACAAGACUACUCACGUACUCCGGGGCAACUGUUGUCUCUCAUCAGCUCUCUGGGUUUUUAUACUCCUGUUGGAGUGAAAAUGCCAGGGCCCAAUUCGUAUCGAGGUUCUGAGGGUCUGCAUGGAGUGGUUUCUCCUGCAUCUAUAGUUCAAAAGGAAAAUACCCCUCUUUCAGCAAAGUUAUUCAAAACAUGUCUUGAUAAUUCUGCAUUAACCCCGGGGAUGCCAGUGAGGAGUUUAACUCCAACUCUACUUCAGUCAAGAAAAAGGUUUGGUACCUCCAGUGCCAGUAGUCAGUCACACACACGUGUGUCCAGUAUGGAAUCAGAAUGCUGCAGCAGCCCCAGGUGGGAGAAAGAUAUAGAGCAAACUGAGGAUGAACUAUGUUCUGCAACAGGCAAAACCAAUAACAGCGAGUCAGCUCUCCUUUCUAAUGUACAAUUACUGAAUGGCAAAGAUAUUAAAGAAUUAAAGAAAAAAGAACUUGAGCUGGCCAUUUCUCCCAUCAAUAGCAAUGAUUCUGGCAGCAGGCAGAAGUUAGGAACUGAACGUUCUGAUGUGACAGGUACUCCUGUGACUGCACUGGAUGUGAAAGGCAUAGUCAGAAAAUGUCUCUCUGAAAAUAAGAUUUGGGAAGAAAAACUUAUUGCGAAUAAAUGUGAUAUGACUAAUGAGACAGCAGAAGCUUCCAGUCAGCGGCAGUUACCUUCAUGUUUGAAUGAUCCCAUCAAGCCUGUCAAAGAGGAAGAAAUUCUUGAAAAGCCGGGUGUAAAAAGAAGCUUUGAACUAGUUGAUACUAGUCCUUGUCAGGAACUUAACUAUGUUAAAAAAAGCAACGCAGAAUACAAACGUGGCUGUCAAAUCUCAGAAUUUCAAGCAAACCAAAGGACAGGUUUGACAACAGAAAUUCAGUCCUUAAUGCUUUGUGAUGAUAGAUGCCUACAUGAGACCUGCAAAAGCAAGGAACAAGUUAAGGGUUAUACCGGUAAACGGCAAACACUAGAAAAAUCAGUUGCUCCAAUAAUAGCUAAAAAUCUUAUGUGUGUCCUGGAUGCAGAUUGUGACAAGGACGAUAAAAAGGAGUAUAUGAACUCAAGUUUCUUAGGCACUGAUGAUGAAAAGCCACUAGGAAUCCUUAGUGCAGACUCUGAUUUGUCCUUUCCUGAAAUGUCUGUUACAGAGAGCCAUUUAGAAAAGCAGCUUUUAGAUUUGGAUAAAAGCGUUAAAGACCUCUCCUUUGAAGAACCAAAACCUGAAGACAUGCUAGUAACAUCACCGAAUUCCCAAGAUGCCUCACAAAACGGAGAAGAGCAUAUUGUCCAGGACUGCAAGUUGUUAUGUCGUGUGCAGGAUAAUGACCAAAAACACGUGGCGGAAACUUACCUUGACACAGUAUCUUCUUCAGAAAAGAUAAUGAAAACAAUGAAUCUCUUCAAAAAAAAUGCCGUUGUUUUUCGAAGUUAUAACAGUCCAAUUAAUGUAUCCAAUGCAUCUGAGCCAUGUAGUAUGGCUUCCUUGGAUAUAAUGGAUCUUUCACCUGCUUGUAGUGGGUCUUACCCGACAGCUAUUACUCCAUCACAGAAAGGAAGACCACAUAGGGUAUAUCAGACACCUCAUCAGGGAGAUGCUGACACACCAUACAGAACUCCAAAGAGUGUAAGAAGAGGAGCUGCCCCAGUAGAAGGUGAACGCAUCUUAGGGACUCCAGACUACCUGGCACCUGAGCUGCUUUUGACAAAGCCUCAUGGUUCUGCUGUAGACUGGUGGGCUCUUGGAGUUUGUCUGUUUGAGUUUCUAACUGGAAUUCCACCUUUUAACGAUGAAACACCAACACAGGUCUUCCAAAAUAUUUUGAAAAGAGAUAUUCCCUGGCCUGAAGGUGAAGAAAAGCUGUCUGAUAAUGCCCAAAAUGCAAUAGAUAUUCUUUUAACAAUUGACAGUACUAAGAGGGCUGGACUGAAGGAACUGAAACAUCACCCUCUCUUUCAUGAUGUAGACUGGGAUAAUCUGCAGCAUCAAACUAUGCCUUUUAUACCUCAGCCGGAUGAUGAAACUGAUACCUCUUAUUUUGAAGCUAGAAACAACGCCCAGCACCUGACCGUGUCUGGAUUUAGUCUAUAGCAUCAAGAUAAAUGAAACUGCUCCAUGUUUUUUGCACACUUACAGGUUGUCCAAUAACACUAGUUUGGUCUUGCUAAGUUUUCUUGCCAAAUUUAGAGUGUUUUAAGUGAUCAAUCUGCUUUUGUUAUUGUUUCCUUUAUUCUAAAGUGAAACUACUGUACAAAACUUAGCUGGUAUCAAGUGCCUUUAUGCUACUUUUUAUUUAUCUCACUUACUGCACCUUACUGAGAGGCUGGAGUGUUGUAUUUCUUAGUAACACUUUACUUGGCAAAAGAUUGUUCUUUUGUUUGUUUUUAAGUGAUGUGAAACCAAUUAGGAGGUGGGGAACUAUUUUACAGUUAAUAGGGAAGGGACAUACAUGCAUGCGAAUUGCUUUAUAUACAACUUACCUACCUGUGUUUCAGUGUAUUCUCAUUUGGGAGUAAUCCUUUGUAGCCAACUUGAAUAUAUACCCAUUGUGCCAAACUGGUAUUCCCAUUCGUGAUGGGAAACUAAUACCUUAACACAAUGUUGAAACAACUUAUUUCUGUUUAUCUUCUUCCAAGAAGGGUUAAGAUGGGCAGCGUUGUUCAACGUUAACUCAGCAGUACACAUCCUGUCAGUGUUGUGAAGAUUGCCAAUAGUUCUGCUGGUUCGUCCUUUCCUAGACAAAUGGAGUAAGGAAAGAAAGCUUGGGGCAAUUCUGUUAGAUAAAUACUUUGUUGAAAUUGUUAUAUUGUAGCCACUUACUACAUCCAGUAGGAGGACUGAUUUCAGCAGCACACAUUUUAGCAAUUACUUUUUAAAUAGAAAACACUGUGUAGUGUGUGUGUGUUUGCAUUCUUUGUGUCAGAUGUUGGAAAACAAAAAAAAAAUAUCACCUGAGUGUUGGCUAAUAAGUGAAAUAUUAUUGCUAUUGAAGCUGCUAUAUAUUAAAGACUAAUGCAUUGCAAGUUAACAGACUAUUGUGUCGUAAAUUCACAACCUGAUUUCAGAUUUCACUAGAACUUCAGUUAUUUUCAGUAUUAUAUUUUCUAAUUGGGCAAAAAUGUAUUUAAAUAUACCUCAAAAAUGAACAUGAGAAAAUUUGCCUAGGGGCUAGUUCUUAAGUCUGUUGUAGCUAAUACUGGUUAAAUUAUCUCUAAAUUUUUUUUCUUUUUUCCUGCAUAGGUAUCUUUCUCAGCUGACUUAUUGAAGAUUUUUUUUUUUUCGGGUUUGUACUUGUUAGUUAAAAGAUAGCUCAUGCUGGAUGGUGGUGCCAUAGCUCUAUGCCAGAAGCCUAGCAUUUUGCUUGUAACUCUUGCCAAGUGGCUUUUCAGAUUGUUUUGUGAAUUGACAUUUCAUUGCCCGGGAAUGAGUUGUCCCUUCAUUGCCCUUCUUCCUGGAACACAAGGUUUAGUGAAUGGAAUUCUGAGUAAACGCUCUGCUAGGCUUCCUGCUUGUCCUUCCAGAUAGCCAAGCAAGAAUCGGGAAGGGAGUGGAAAAAAAUCCACAAAAGAGACAAAAGAGAGCUAAUUACUAACAGUUCAGAAUGCUUGUGUUAUUGUGCACGUUGACCUAGAGCUGAGAUUCACGAUAUUGAAAUAGAAUUUUGGAAAGUUGCAAGACAUUUGUGACUCUUACUCCCUUCACUAAGGGCUUCAAUUUCUGAAAACUUCUAAACUUACUGAAAUUAAUGCUACAUGAAAAAAGAUGAGUAAAGAAUUGCAUGUAAUAUUACUUGAAGCAUGAUCACUAGAAGACUCAUUCUCUGAAUAUGAACAGAAGUUCUUUAGCAUGACUUUGUAUUAAAAACACAGACUUCUCCUUUGUGUACUUAGAAUGUACUGAACUCCGACCAAAAAUAAUACCUUGAUUGAAACAGUCGCUGGUAUUUUAUGCAAUUCAUUGCUACACUUGUAGCAAUGUUUAGAAAAAAACUAGUCUUCCUUAGCAUGAAACUGACAUUCUCAUAAAAGUCCUCUAUAAAAACAUGCUGGGAAAUAAUGUCAAUUUAACCUACUGAACACAACAGUUUUGGUGUUACAGCUGGCUACAACAUUUCCCACUUUGCAGUGUAAUACAUUGCCAUUAUGGUUAAGAAUCAUUUCAAGGCAUUAGUGGCUAUUUAUCUUCAAAAUGUCAGACUACUGCAAUUUUUUUUCCUGAUCAGCUGCAAGGAUCAAGCAAGCUUUAAUUUGUAACUCUUUUAACCCAUUACAAUGAACUGCAGAACUCCUUAAAGCUCUGACUUAAGUAGUCUAACAUAGAACUAGAGACGAUAGUGUCCUGAAGCAUUAUGCAGAAAGAAUCUUUAUAACUUAUUACUCUAAAAAUCUCAAACCUUCUAGAAAUCAUGGUUUUUCUACCAUAGUUUUAUGAUGCAAUACAAAAGCAAAUACUAUAGAACCAUAUAUAAACCAGCUGCUCCAUUAGAAUGCCUAAUGCAACAUGCUGCAGUAGUAGCUAUGUACACUGCUUCUAUAACUGAUUUUGGUUAAAUUUUGCACAACUAGCACUGAGACUUAUUAUACCCCAUUCUAUUCAAUAUCUUGUUUUUAUACUAAACUCCAUGUUUGCUAUGAUCAGGAUUACAUGUUGAUUGCUUUUAGAAAUCAAUGUCCUAGCUUGAUUCUUCAACGUACACUGUCUCAAAGAGCCUCCUUGUUAAUGCAAGUGUGUGUGAGGGGAAGUAUGGUGAUGCUGCUCAACUUGAAAGAUGCUACAGGGAAAAGUACAAAACAAACAAACAAAAACAAAACAAAAAAAAAUCAGAUGUGGUAGCUGAAGAUGAUUAAAGCUGCUUCCUGUUAGUAAUCAUCUGCAGCUGUGGGCUAUGAUAGGUAGCAGCUGGCUGCCAGUUUUAUUUUUGAAGGCCUAGGCUUCUCUUCAUGUGCUUACCCUACAUAUAAACACUAUAGCUCCCAUGUUAUCCUAGGGGGCAGUUUAUCUGUUGUUACCUGGACAGAAGUGUGCAAAAAACUGUAAAGAAACAGUAACUGUCACACUUCCUUAUACAGCAAUAGCUGGCUCAGACAACUGUCACUACCUGUAACUUGCAGUUAUGCUCACCUACUUGUUGCACGAGCUUGGAGAUAAAGAUGCUGAAAUGUUGACAUGUGUUUUGAGCUAGUGGGUCCCAGUUUCAAUAUGAUUAGGGUUCACCUAUGGCUACUGUUUCAGUAAACUGUAUUAUUUUGUUAUCUCUUAACUUUUCUAAAACUAUAC